AGUAAUUAUGCUAAAUGUUAGUAGUGGUUCAGAAAGUUUGGUGUUUGAAUGCAACUGCUGUUUCUUUCUGUAGUAAAAGAUUUGUCUAAGCUUAUAAGACGUCUGGGACAUUUCUACUUUGAGUAACUAUGAUAAACACCGCGGCAUUUUCCAGUGGAUUCGUGUAAAUGGCCAAACGAACAUGUUCUAGCUCCAAGAUCGAAUUCCUCGCGCUGUGCCUGAGCCCAGUCUCGCGUCUCCCGAGGGCCGGGCCGCAACCGCACUUUCGGCGCUCCCUGGUGGGCUGGGCGCCCUGGGGUUCCCGGAUCACCUUCCGCACCGUCUGACCUCUGCCCCUCCGCCCAGGCCCGAGCACUUCUCUCCCGGCGCAGCUUCUGGAUCCCGAGCGCCGGCAGGUUCAGGAGCGAAGCUGGCGGAACCCACCUGUAUUUAUUCACAUGGUUUAACACUUUUACCUCCGCCGGUGAAGGCCCUGCGGGCACCGACCCGGUGUGACUGGGUACACAAGAAAGGCAGAACAAGGCAUGAACGCCGCGCGUCGUCCCCCGUAACCUCCUCUCCUCACCAGAAGUCCCGACCGGAGAGCGGACGCGGCCACACCUACCUGCGCCAGGUGAGGCGAGGGCGGGCUCAGCGCGGGGCCCCCAGCUCCUCCUCGCUCUCCCGCCGCCGGGUGGCCUCAGCCGCCGGGCCCGCGGCGCUUCCUCAUUUUCGGCAACUUCCUUAACGCGCCGGGGCAGGCGCCCCGCACUUCCUCCCGGUGUCGCGCCCCGCCGCCCGGCCCGCCCUGCUGACCGCGCCCAUGCGCCGGGAGCUGGGCGGGCACGGGCUGGAGCGCCGGGCGAGGCCCGCGGAAUCGGCCCAGGCGGCGGCGGGAGCGGAGGAGCCCAGGCGGGGCGCGGCGCUCUCCUCCCUCAGGGUCUAAGAUAUUAACUCCCUCAACCAUUUGCCAAUCAGAAAAUCUUUGAAUCUGCUUAUGACCUGGAAGCCCCUGCUUUCCAGACUGAACCAAGGCCAGAAGUCUGACAAGAGUCUCAUGUGAUUAAAAUUAAGAUGCUGGCAGGGGCGCAUUCCUCUCUGGAGUCUCUAGAGGAAAAUUCAUUUUCCUGCUCACCCCAGCUUCUGGAGGCUGCCUGCUUUUAUUGACUCAUUGCACGUUCUUCAUCCUCAAAGCCAGCAACGGUGCUGCAUCCUUAUCACAUCAGAUCACUCUAACGCUGACCCUCCUGCUGACCUCUUUCCUUUCUAAGGACACUGGACUUCCCUGGAUAUUUCAGGAUAAUCUCUCUAUUUUAAGUGCACAGCCUAGAACUUCCAGAACUAACAACUGUUGAAAAACAGUGUGAGAGUGGACAUCCUUACCUUGUUCCUGAUCUUGGUACCUGGCCUCAGACACUGCACCCAGUCCCUCCCAUCAGAUGCUAUUGCUGAAAGCAACGGGUAUUCGUAAGACAUCGCUGGCAUUUCCAAGCGGCUCCUUCGAUUGGCUUUUUCCCUCCAUUUGGCCAUGCUGCACCUUUUGUGACCCACAUGAUGAGAUGACUAAGGCUUGAGAAGUUAAGCAAAUUUCCCAGGUCACACAGCUGGCUCGUGGUGAAGCUGGGCUUUCUCUCCUGGAUACUGCAGUGCAGUAUAUUUCCACCAGGUAAAGUAAGCUUUUCGAGAUCCACUAACUGAGGAUAAUCAAACCUUCCAUGAUCUGGAACCUGGAGACUGAGCCUUCUAAAACUGACAUCAGAGGAAAACUGCUCUUGAACCUCACUGGAAGGGCCUACACCAAGUCCUUCUCACCACCUACACUACAGUGAAGCUUCAGGGCCUUGGAUCUCAGGUCUAUGUCUCACAACUCAAAAGGGCUCCUUCAAACUCCUGGAACAUAUACCUGUUGGAGACUUUAAGGCUGUACAGGAAGCAUGGUGCCAGCAUCUGCUUGGCUUCUGGUGACAGCCACAGGCUAUUUCCAUACUCACGGUGGCAGGUGCCUCCUGGCUGAUAGUUGGAGCUCUCCAGCAACAUGCCUGAGCAGAGCAACGAUUACCGGGUGGCCGUGUUUGGGGCUGGCGGUGUUGGCAAGAGCUCCCUGGUGUUGAGGUUUGUGAAAGGCACAUUCCGGGAGAGCUACAUCCCGACGGUGGAAGACACCUACCGGCAAGUGAUCAGCUGCGACAAGAGCAUAUGCACAUUGCAGAUCACCGACACGACGGGGAGCCACCAGUUCCCUGCCAUGCAGCGGCUGUCCAUCUCCAAAGGGCACGCCUUCAUCCUGGUGUACUCCAUUACCAGCCGGCAGUCCUUGGAGGAGCUCAAGCCCAUCUACGAACAAAUCUGCGAGAUCAAAGGGGACGUGGAGAGCAUCCCCAUCAUGCUGGUGGGGAACAAGUGUGACGAGAGCCCCAGCCGCGAGGUGCAGAGCAGCGAGGCGGAGGCCUUGGCCCGCACAUGGAAGUGCGCCUUCAUGGAGACCUCAGCCAAGCUCAACCAUAACGUGAAGGAGCUUUUCCAGGAGCUGCUCAACCUGGAGAAGCGCAGGACCGUGAGUCUCCAGAUCGACGGGAAAAAGAGCAAGCAGCAGAAGAGGAAAGAGAAGCUCAAAGGCAAGUGCGUGAUCAUGUGAAGGCCCUUCCUGCGGGAGGAGCAGCCGUGUGUCCCCGGCACCUCACUCCCCCCAAGUGACACCCACCGUCGUCAGGGUAGCAUGUACAAUGCCCACGUGUUAAACAUUGCAUUUAAUCGAGAUGCGCCUUGUAGUCUUUAAGAGGGCGUUCCACACCACCAACAGUAAGCCACCCCCUCUGGAGUCACAGGAUCUGCCAGGCGGUUCAAGUGAAAACCAAUACGCUCAGCAUCCCCGGGAUCUGAGAGCUGCCAGCAAUUUCUGAAGAUGGCGAUGAACACCCGAAGGUGGGAGGGAGGACUGGUACCCACAAAGCAACAUGUACCGAGAGGACUAAAUGUCGUCUACGUGCAUGUGAGAGCCUGUUAACCCAGAGCUACCCGCACCAACCCCAGACAGAAUCCAAUCACAUCUUUGGGGGAGGGGAGGGGCAGGAAGAGGGGAGAAGAUCAGAUGGUCCAAAGUGGACCACAGUUGGUCCAUUUCACACAUUUUUAAAGGGGAUUAAAAACCACAGCCUCUCCCCUAAAGGGUGUUCAUUCUUAAUUCCCACCUGGCCAGUUAGGAGCCUUGCUACCCUGAGGGCAUGUGUUCACCUCACUAGACCUAGUUAGGAAGUAUCAUUUUAACGUACUAGAGUAUUUAUCUUCAUGUGCAGGGUAAGUGCACUAAUAGUGUGCUGCUCUGUCAGAAGUUCUUCAGUUUUUAAGUGAGGAUAUCGUGACAGUAUUAAAAUAUCGCAAUAAUGUUCCUGUGUGUUAUACAUCGAGGGUUUUAGAAAUGUGAUUUUCUUCUUUUGACCUGUGAGGAGUGUAACUUCUUUCAGCCCUCAGAUUUUAAACAUAAGCAAAUAAACUCGGUAUUUUUAGACGUUUUUUUCCUCCAAGGUGGUUUUCUUCUCUCAAAUAACUCAAUCUGUACCCAGCUGGGUAGCAGCCAGCAAAGGCCAUCAGACAACCUGAAGCACAUCCAUUUUUGUAGUGUCACAAACAUGUAUAUGCCACACUUUGCACCUUAAUGAAAUACUUUGAAACAGAAGUUAUUCACUGUGUUUUUGAUGAUCUAUCUAUAUUGGAAAUAUAUUCCUGGAAAAUGCAUUUAAGUAAUAGUAAAUUCUCCUGCAUGUUCCAUUAGACAUGUCUUCUAAGAGCUGUUCGAUACAGUAUUCACUCUAGAAACAAUUAUCUUUUUCUCCUAAUGAUUUUGUGUGCAUCUUUAAUCUUUCAAGCCAAAUUACAGCCAUUUCAGGUUUCUGUGUUAGCUUGGGGAUAGGAUGGUGGCUGGAGACAGGCAGGCUGCUCUGCCCUGGGAAGAGCCCACUCAGCUUAAUUGCUCUGCCAUCGUGGAGCCUGGUUGGACUUGGCUUCCUGAAAACUCCCACUGAUAGUGCCUGUUAGAUCUCCUGUUUGUUUCAGUUGGCAGAACAUUUACUGGCCCCAACUGUGGCAUCAUCCUCUCAGCAAUCUUCCUGUCACCCGCCUGGCAGGCAGAAGAAGCUGCAGUCCCACGUGGGCCUGCCUGGGGGGUGGGGGCUGCCUGGCUGUUGGGUGGCAGUGCCAGCACAGGCAGGGCUUAAGUUGGGGAUGUUUGACUGUGCCGCCUCCUGCAGCUGCUGUUUCUCCUGUCCGUCCUGUGCAGGGCUUGCAGCAGCAGCAAUGUGGCCAUCUCCAUCCCCCAAAGCGCACUUGCUCUCUCAAUAUGUCCUAGUUUUCUUUAGCCUUUUCUGGUUCAGUUCCCUUGUCCUGAUCUCAUCCUCUCUGGUCUCCCAAUAACUCACCCUUGGGAUGUGUUUAGUGCGUGGGAGGUGCUUUUGAGAACUGCUUGACUCCAUGGUCUCCUAGAACAAAACCGCCCUGACUUUACAGGGGGAGCACUCACGCUGAGCUGAGAAAGCAGAGAAGUGGACUGGGAGCCAGCUGGGGGUGCAGAGCAUUUGGGCCAGCCCUGUGCCCCGCUUCAAAUUCCUCAAGCAGGGUUGUUCUGUUCUAGAAAGCUGUUGCACAGCAUUCGCAAUGAGAUCUUUAGUUGGCGGAUUUUCUGGAACAUUUGUUUUUCAACUUGUCCUGACAUUUUUUUCUGUUUCUAUUCUGAGAGAGAGAUGAUGAAGUUUUAAUUUGGGUAUAGGUUAAAUGGAAGAAGAAACAGAACUUCAUGGCCGAAAUGGGGUGUAUAGAUUUUGAGUGGGUUCUUUGCUAACAGUAGAAUGUGAUAUUCACCACUGACUGUAGUGUUAAUAAAGCUUUUAAUGUGAGAUAUCCCUACAAACUAUCCCAUUUCUACUGAUUGUAAGUCAGAAUUUCUUUUAUCCCUUUCAAAUCAGUUUCUACAUGUUUAAGUGUUUAGGGCUUCAUCAGCAUGAGAAGUUUAUAAUUACUGAAAAUCUGAUUUCAUUCAGGACACGUUUUUUUUUCCUUCAUAUUUUGCCUGUGAAUUUAUAGGCUAGAAAGGCUAUUGAAGCUUCAAUUAUGGGUCUUCAUUUUGAGAUCAUUUUCUAUGAGCUGAACUGAGGAUAUCGAUGGUUAUCUCAAAAUCAUCUUUUAGGAGCUCCCCAAUUGACUCAGGGUUUGAGGAGUUAGUAUCACAGAAUCAGAUUUUUUUUUAAGCAUUUGUAUGUUUCCAUUCCCAAAUAUGUAGCUGUGGUUCUUGAAAACACCUCCUACAUUGCAUAUGGGCACAGCAGUUUUUGACCCAGCCAGAAUCAGUUAAUAUUUAAUUAAAUAUUGCUUUGAGGAUGGCGCCCUGGGCAUGAGCAUGGGGCUCCACGACUUCCCUUCUGUCGCCACGAGCCCCUCCUCCAUCCAGCGACAAGCCAUGGGCAUGCAUACGAUGCAGCAAGACCAACACAAGAGCAAUAUUGAAUUGUUCAUUCUAUCUAAAAUUACAUGUAUAUAAAACAUAUAAUUUAUCUUCCUGCAUUUUUGAAGUAUAAAGUCAUAAAUUGUACAUAUCUAUAAGCUAGUAUAUUUGUUUCACUGUUUGUAAUAUUUAAGAAAUGCUCAUUCUUUGUAGAAAAAUGUAUUAAAUAUUUUAAAAAUUGCUCUGUGAUACUUAAUUUUUUUCCCCUAAAUUUGUAAUGUGUUGCUUCUACGUAAGUUCUCUGAAAAUAUCUACAACUAAUAGGACACAUGGAAAUCCUUGAAGACACACCCUGGAAUUCAGUACCCCCCAAGGACAGUGUGUAUACAAAGUAUUUGCAGAGCAUGACUUUUAUAUGUGUGGGAUAUCAAUGUGUAUAUUUAUAUUUAAAGUGUAUUUAUUGUUACAAGUCUAUUCUCUAUUAUAUUUUAUUUACUCUGCGGUUAUAAAAAUCACCCUUGCAUACAAGUUUCUAGUUGCCAGUGAUGUUCUGGAAAUCAUGGGACAUACUACAAUAAAGUUACAGUUAUGACACUCUG